AUGGUCUCAGAAAGAGGAUGCAUUGUGAAAUGGGCACCGCAGACAGAAGUACUUGCCCAUCCUGCAGUGGGAGGUUUCUGGAGCCAUUGUGGAUGGAACUCAACGCUUGAGAGCAUUGUGGAAGGAGUCCCAAUGAUUUGCAGGCCUUUUCACAGCGAGCAGAAGUUAAACGCAGUGUAUAUAGAAAGCGUUUGGAGUGUAGGAAUUCAGAUAGAAGGUGAAGGUGAAGUUGAAAGAGGACAGGUUGAGAAAGCUGUGAAGAGGUUGAUUGUGGAUGAAGACAUGAGGAAAAGAGCCCUUGAUUUAAACGAGAAGGUCAAGGCCUCUGUGAGAAUUGGAGGCUCCUUACACAACGCAUUGGAUGAGCUCGUCAAGUACUUGAAAACAGAAUGA